ACACACCCGCAUGGGGAGAUUUAUGGAGCGACUGUGUGCUCAGAGCGUCAGUCCGCUACUCACGUGAUCCAUUCAGAGCGUCGCAGUUCAGCUGCGUGAAUGCGCAAUUAGACAUCAGUAAGGUGGUGUGCGGAAUCAUUAGUUCACAGAUGAUAUACCGGGUUGCCUCACCGGAGCAGUGAAAACGGGAUCCAUCAGUGACAUGGAGAUUCUUUUAAGGACAGUUGAAAUGCCAGUCAUAGAGACUGAGAUGUGGUGGGGUACCCUGGGCACUGUGCGCCCCUUCCCAAACUUUAAACCUGAGAAGGACACCCGAGAAAUCCAAACUGCACUGGAGAAGAAAGAUGUGAAUACUCUGGUGAGGAUCCUGACCAACCGCACCAAUGCACAGAGACAGGUCAUCUCACAGACUUACAACACGCUCACACAGAAGGACCUGAGUCCAGCCCUGAAGAAAGUGCUGUCAGGGGGGCUUCAGGACCUCCUUCUGGGUCUCAUGAUGACCCCCGCACAAUUUGACGCCCACCGCCUCCGACAAGCCAUGGAGGGUCUGGGCACAGAUGAGGAGACUUUGUUAGAGGUCCUGUGUACCAGUUCAGCACAGCAGCUCAGGGACAUCACUAUUACCUACAAACAGGAGUUUGGACGAUAUCUGGAGAACGACUUGAUCAGCGAGACCAGCAAGGACUUCACCAAGCUACUCCUAGCCAUCCUCAAGAAGGAACAGGAGAACAUGCAAGGAGUGAUUGAUUACCAACUCAUUGAUCGAGAUGUCAAGAGCCUGACUGAAGCCCUCAGCGGUAAGAAGGCCGACUCGGCUCCCUGGAUCAGGAUACUCACCACACGGGAUUCGGACCAUCUCAACAGAGUCUUGUCCAAGUGGGAGAGUGUGAGGGGGGAGACGGUGGACAAAGCACUACAAAGCCACUUUUCUGGGGACCUGAAACUGGGGCUACGAGUACUGGUCCGUUCCAUCCAGAACACCCCUUUGUACCUGGCUCAGCGGCUGCAGGCAUCCAUGAGGAAAGGCAGUGUGUUGCGUGGCAUCCUCAUCUCCCGCAGUGAAGAGGAUCUUCUCAGUGUGAGAGUGGAGUAUCGAAGGCUGGCCCAGGCCUCGCUCUACUCAACCAUAGAGAAGGAAUUCAAGGGAGAUCUUCAAAUGGCACUGCUGGCCAUGUGUCGGGCUGAAGACUUAUAGAAAAAGGGGAAGAGAAAGAGAAUAAACAAUUCCAAAUAUACCAAAUAU